AUGUUCCGCUGGACCGCCGGCACGAAGGCGCGGGCGGACCUCGCGUCGCGUCAGCACGGCUACCCUGGCGGCCCUGCGCGUCUUCUUCUUGCGCGUCGCCGUCCUCCUCUUCACCCUCACUCAAGCGACACCGUCACGGCGUCCGGCGCUGCAGCUGGCGCCGGCUCUACGGUUGCCACUGCUUCACAAAGCUCAGCGCAUUCAGGUACUGAGCGGGCCCACAGUUCACCGGCAGUGUUACCAUCGGCGCCACUGGCACGGGAUGAUGCGGCCGCUGGCACGGCCGUCGUGCGUGACGGUGCCGCCUUUGGCACAGUUGUAGAGGAGGCUGCUCAGACGGGCGUGUGCCCACCGUCGACGACGACAGACACCUCCUCUCCGCUGCUGGAUGCCCCCGUGAGUGAGGUAGUGGCGGAGGGGGACGGCGAGUGCGGCAACACCCGCCAAAGUACGGCUGCAGACGUUGCUUCCAGCCCGUGUCCCGCGCCUUCCCUGUCACGUCUCUGCACCGCAGCGCCUCCUUCGCCGUCAUCGCCGCUACCGUCACCCCCUCUUCACGUGGUGGCUAACCACGGCGGCAACCUAUCAGAGCACCCGUCCAGCGCGUCAUCGUCACAUCGUUUCAAGGUGUUCCUGGCACGGCAGCAGCCACCACUCCCGCCGCCUCCCUUGCCGUCUUCCUCGCACUCAUCCUCGACUGUCCAUGCAGAAGCGCUUGUCGAGGCUCUAGAGGCAAAGGCGGCACGGCAAAGAAGGCGCGGGCACACACUAGGACGGUCCUCGCGGCAUCAGCGAGAGUGGAGGCAGCGGCACAAGAGCCAUCGGCUUGGUGAGAAUCCGGAUGAUAGCUCACGUGGGACCGAUGCAAUGGCAGAGAGCAGCGAGGAGGAAGUGGCCGACACCUACGCGAAGGUGCAGCAGCAGCAGCGCCAGCGGCAGCGCACGGAGAAACAGGCAGAAUGGGAGAGUUGGCCGAGCUCUAGCAUCGAUGACUCCUCGGAUCCCUACGUGCAUCGGCGGGACCGGGUAGCACAAUGCGAGGAGCAGCAGCGGCGACCCCACUCUCGACCCCGCGUCGCCGAGCAGUCGGUGGACUGCAUCGCGGUACAGCUGCCGCUGCAGCGGGCAAAGGAAGCGCCUGCGUCCGCGACAACGCACAUCACAGUGAUAUCUCCAUCUAAUGCAGCUGCUCAUCCGAGAGCUCCGUCGUCGUCGCUGGCGUGCUCGGAACGGCGAGAGGCGCUAAAGCGCUUCGCUCAAGAGGACGGCCAUCCGCUACCCGGCGGUAUGGUGAUCGAGGUGGCUGCCGAUACCUUCCACCGCGACAGCUGUAGCAACGCUUUUGCCACAGGCGCGAAAGUGAACUUCUCAAGCGGCGUCGUGGGGCGUCCUUUGCACCCCUUUGAAAGUUCUCCGGGGUGCCGCGAUGGGGAUGUGAGCACCUGCAACGUUGAGAAGGAGGGGAUAUUGCCGUGGCACGUGUCGCCUCUCACUUCGACGGUCGGGCUCCACACGAAGUGCCCUGAGCAUGAGGUGACACCCAUAUUUGAGGACCAGCCACUGAGUUGGUACCCGCAACCACAGGCUCAAGCUACGCAACAUGUGCUUGAUGAGUAUGCGAGCGCCGCUGGCGGGGUGGUCCGAGUCGAAGGAGACAAUCAUCUCAGAUUCGGGGUGGCGUCGCUGCUUGGUCCUGACUGGAGUGUAGCAGAACCCGCAUCCACGCUUGCAGCCACGCCAGUAGGGGCUGGCGAGACAGAUCUCUGGGUGCCCGGCGCCGGGUCCCUUUCUUUCACUCCCUGGCGCCAUCUUGGCUCUGAUUGCGGUACGUGCGUUGGCGUGUAUGGCCUGCCAGCUGAUCGAGCGAUGGCGCCUCGCAGAGGACUGGCCCUUGGCCUUGGCGACACUCCUUCACGUUUCUAUGGCGGCACACCACAGGGGCCGAGCUGGUGGCUUUCGUCAGCCGAGCCCGACUGUCGCGAUGCCGAAGACGGAUCUGGUUGGCCGUACCGGACCGGCCGUUGUCCUACGUCGUUGACGCUAUUGAGGGCCACUAGCGCUCUGCCCGGGUCUCGUGACAUCAGCACAGCACCUCCGCCUCUUGCUGGUCUGUUCAGCUCACACGCAGUGCCUCGCAAGUCACCGACGACGCCCGCGUUUCCGUGGAUGCCCGCUGGCGAGGGCGAGGGCGGGGCGGGAGUCAGUCGGAGGAGUGGAGACGGUGACGGCAUCUUUUCUGAGAGAGCGCCGUCUUCGUGCCUGCCCCACUACUCCCUCGGACGUGCUAUGGGAAGCUUUUGCGGCCAUGAUGACGGGGACGGUGGUGACAGUUCUUUGUACCCUGCACAGGCGCCGCCGCCGCGAAGCCACCACGGCAGUUAUGCGCCACAGCCGCCGAGUCACUCCCCGCCAUUUUUCGGCUUACCGACUUUUUCUAGUGUAGCGAGCGCCUCCAGCAACACCAUCGCUGCUGCUGCUCCUGCGCCAUACCGUGUGAGUCGAGCAGCGCGGCAACGCCGCCGUCAAAGUAACGGUGCGCGGCCACCGCGUGCGCUGAACGGCACGACAGAGCGCUGCCGCCGCUUCUGGGAGCGGUGCCGGCAGUCAAACGCGCCCAACUGA